CCUGCGCUAUCUUUUAUUGCUCUCUCUUUGAAUACAACUUGAUCUUUGUUUUCUCCUUCAAUAUCUCCCUCUCUCUCUUUGCUUCACAAUCUUCCUCUAUCCCUGGGUCGUGGCGGUAGAUAGCUCACCCGUCCUUUGAAAUCCUCUGUCUGGACUCCCCGCGUGACAUCAUUUCGAAUAUUCUUUCACGAUGUCGUCCCGAGCAGCCCUCCUCAUCGGAAAGAUCACCCACGCCCGGAAGGAGUGGGAGGCUCUCUCCUCGACCCUGACUCUCAAGGAAUACCCUGAUGGGAACCGGGAUGACUUUAUCAAGAACUGCCAGAGCGGACAGUACGACGAUGUCGUUGCCAUCUACAGAUCCAAUGCCUCAAACAAGGUAACGGGGCCCUUUGAUGCGGAGCUCCUAUCGGUUCUGCCAAAAUCUCUCAAGUACAUCUGCCAUAACGGAGCUGGUUACGACAAUAUCGACAUUGCUGCGUGCUCGCAGAAAGGUAUCUCGGUUUCAAGCACUCCCGUGGCGGUCAACAACGCGACAGCAGAUGUCGGCAUCUUCCUCCUGAUCGGUGCCUUGCGCCAUGCUUAUGUUCCUCUUUCCGCAAUCAGAGAAGGUAAAUGGCAAGGACAGACCACCCUCGGCCAUGAUCCUCAGGGCAAGGUUCUGGGGAUCCUGGGUAUGGGCGGCAUUGGUCGGGAAAUGGCCCACCGUGCAAAAGCCUUUGGCAUGAAGAUCCAGUACCACAACCGCUCACGGCUUUCUCCCGAACUAGAGGGAGGCGCUACGUACGUGUCCUUCGAUGACCUACUGGCCACUUCCGAUGUCCUCAGUUUGAACCUCGCCCUCAAUGAGUCGACGCGCCAUAUCAUUGGUGCCAAGGAGUUCCAGAAGAUGAAGGAAGGCAUUGUUAUCGUGAACACUGCACGUGGCGCGCUCAUUGACGAGAAGGCACUUGUCCAGGCACUUGAAUCUGGAAAGGUCAGCUCCGCAGGCUUGGACGUGUACGAGAACGAGCCCGAGGUCGAAGAGGGACUCCUGAAGAACCCGAAGGUCUUCUUGCUCCCUCACAUCGGAACGAUGACAUAUGAAACUCAGAAGGACAUGGAACUGCUCGUGCUGAACAACCUGCGCUCCGCGGUGGAGAAAGGAGAAUUGAUCACCCAGGUGCCGGAGCAGAAGAGUAGGUAACAAGAAGCUCAGCAAUGAGGCAAAUGGCAAUUGAAAUUUAAGAGAUUUUCGGUGAAGGGGACGUGAUGCUGGAGUAUCUGGGGUCUUCAUAUUUCCCUGCAGUUAUUUAGCAUUAUAUUCGCGGGCUAGUUAGACCACCUAGAUAGCAAAUAUGAUUUCCCUUCCCAUUCUAGGCGGACGGGGUGCUGCUUUAUGCUCAGCGUUGUUCACGGAAUACUGUUGAUUAUGGUGUACUAGCGGACUACUUUCCCAUUUCGGCAGUCUGACUGCCAGGACUCACAGAUUUGGAAACGGCCUUUGUUAUUAAUAGCUUCGGGUCGACAAAAGUACUUUGUAGGACAGAAAGAUUCCUUGUAACUGAGAUUCUCUACUAUGAUUUCUCUUUUAGUUGCGGAGCAGCAAGCGUAUUAUCAUACUCUUGAGUGA